AUGCUAUCACGGAAGCUUCGCGUGGCUGCGGCUCAGAUGGGCGCAACGCAUUACAACGACCCCCGGCCCAAGACACUGAAUCGCAUGCUAUCACUUCUUGAAGACGCAGCCGCAAAGGGAGCACAGCUAGUUCUCUUCCCUGAAGCCGCCUUCACAACCUUCUUUCCCCGGCAUCUGAUAAACGACCCCUCUGAACUUGACUCCUUCUUCGAGCACGGCGAUGUAGCGACUCAGCCGCAGACAAAGCCGCUAUUCGAUAAGGCCAAUGAGCUGGGCGUCGACAUCUCGGUCGGCUUUGCCGAAAAGGCCGACGACGGCGAAACCUUCAACUCCUGCAUCUACUACCACGCAAAGAGCGGCUCCAUCCUCUCAAAGUACCGCAAGAUCCAUCUUCCGGGCGACUUUGAGCCCUUUGCGGACCCGGAUGCCACGAACCAGCUAGAGAAGCGUUACUUCAAGCCUGGAGACCUCGGCUUCAAUGCGUUCCGGGUACCCGAUCUGACAGAGCCGGAGGCGGCACCGGAGCGCGGGGACCCCAUCUUCGGCAUGAUGAUCUGCAACGACAGGAGAUGGGCUGAGAGCUGGCGCGUCUUGGGUCUACAGGGCGUCGAGGUCGUACUGUGCGGCUACAACACGGCCGGGUUCGCGCCGCAUCUCUGGGGAACCAGCGCCAGCAUGGAUCCGGACGAGGCGCGGAGCAAGGCACUCUUCCACCACAAGUUGGUGAUGCAGGCUCAUAGCUACACGAAUGCCUGCUUCAGCAUCAGCGCUGCGAGGUGUGGUCUCGAUGACGGGAAGUACGACCUCAUUGGCGGUAGCUGCAUCACUGGUCCGGAGGGCGAGCUCAUCGCUGAGGCAUCUACAACAGAGGACGAGGUCGUCUAUGCAGAAAUUGACCUGGCUGAGUGCCGGCCGGGCAAGGAGCGCACAUUUGACUUUGCCAGACAUCGUCGUGUAGAGCAUUAUACUCGCAUCACAGAACAAACCGGCGUCGUGGAGCCUCCCAAGCUCUCGCCCUUAGCCGAGAAACACAACGGAGCAGUAAGUAACGGCAUCACGCCUGGACAGACUCAGAAGAAGAUCCGCAUCCUCCUCAUCAACCCAAAUAGCACCCGCGCCAUGACCGACGCCUGCGUCGCCAUGGUCGAGAGCCAAUUACCCCCCGACGUCCUCGUCACAGGCUUCACGGCGCCUAGGCCGGCGCCCUCAGCCAUCGAAGGCAGUUUUGACAACGUUAUGUCCGCCGCGGCCGCCGCUCGCGCCGUCCUGCCCCUUGCGGCGACCCAUGAUGCCGUCUUGGUGGCGUGCUACUCCGACCAUGCCCUCAUCCGCAUGCUUCGCGAAGAACUCCCUCGCCAGCCCGUCAUCGGGAUCAUGGAAGCCUCGCUCUUCGCGGCGCGAACGCUGGGCGGGCGGUUUGGGCUCAUUGCCGUUAGCGAGCGGUCGAGGGUGUUGCACGAGGAUAGCAUUCACCACUAUGGCUUCUCAGCCUCCUGCGCCGGCGUGGUCUCGUGUAAGUUGGGCGUGCUGGACUUGCACGAGAAGAGCCAGGAUGAGGUCAUGGGAAUCAUGGCAGCCGUCGGGAAGAAGCUGGUGGAGGAAAAGGGGGCCGAUUUGUUGCUUCUGGGAUGCGCCGGUAUGACGCCGCUCAAGGGGGCCGUAGAAGCGGCUGUCGGGGACGACGUGCAGGUUGUUGACGGCGUAUUGGCUGGGGUGCAUCACCUAGUUGGAUUAGUUAGAAUGGGCGGUGCCACGGCCAAGAGGGGCGUCUACAAGAGCUCCGGUGACGGACGAAAGGCGAGAGGACAGGAUUGGAUCUAG